AUGACUGCCAAAGAUCAGCUUGAAGUUGAUAUGAGCAUUCCGAAGGAAUCUCAUACGGAAGUACCUUCUGAUUGGGUGCCCAAACAACCUCCGGAGUUCAACGAGCAAACCAACUACGUGCCGGUCAAGACCAUAAUCACAAUAUUCUUGGCUUGCGCGAGCGUUGAUCUGCUGGCUUUGAUGGACCAAACAACACUUGCAGCCAGUUUGACCAUCAUCAGCAAAGAUCUCAACGCCAGUAAUGAAAGCGCCUGGAUUGCAGGCGCGUACUUCUUGACGUCCACGUCAUUUCAACUCCUAUACGGGCGCCUUUCCGACAUAUGGUCCCGCAAGGUGCUCUUGGUUAUCGGCAUUGGCAUAUUCUUUUUCGGCUCGCUAGCCGCUUCCUUGGCACAGUCCGCUAUUCAGCUGAUCGUCUUCCGUGCAUUCAUGGGUGUGGGUGGUGGAGGUCUGAUGACGGUAGCCCAGAUGAUCGUAUCGGACAUCGUGCCUCUUCGCGAAAGAGGAAAGUAUCAAGGCAUACUCGGUUCCGUUGUAGCUUUGGCGAAUGGCAUUGGGCCAGUCAUAGGUGGCGCACUCGCUACUCAAGGCCACGAUUCUUGGAGAUGGAUCUUUCGACUGAACUUAUUUCUAUGCGCUCUAACCACUGCGUCUGUUUUGCUUUUCAUGCCACUCAGAAAGGUCCAUGGUAAAUGGAAACAGAAAUUAGCAGCGAUUGACUUCUUCGGAGCGUUCUUAGCCCUCGCUGGAUCCGUGUUGCUCGUGCUCGCCCUGACUUGGGCAGGCGGAGAGUACGCCUGGAAAUCUGUUCACGUCAUUGCUACCUUAGUCAUUGGCGUUCUAAUCUCUGUGUGCUUCAUCAUAUGGCAGUGGAAAGGUACCAAGCUUCCAUUGAUACCAAUGACGAUCUUCACAUCCAAAGUCGUCAACGGUGCGAUGCUAACAAUGUUUGUGAACGGUUGGAACUUUCUCGUUCAGGUAUACUACAUUCCUUCGUUCUACCAGCUGGUUUAUGGCUACUCAGCUGUGAAAUCCGGGGCAUUACUACUUCCCAUCACGCUUACACAAACCCUAUUCAGCACACUAUCAGGCCUGGUCGUACACUGGACCGGUCGGUACAGGGAAUGUUUGCUUGUGGGUUGGGCAAUAUGGGCGAUCGGCUUGGGCCUGAUAUCGACACUCGACAGCCCAUCUCUUGGGAAGCAGAUAGGCUACGGUUUGCUCGCUGGUUUUGGACUGGGAAACACGCUGCAGCCUUCACUAAUCGCUGUUCAGGCGGGCGUGGAGCGCAAGCACAUGGCUGUUGUCACUUCGACGCGCAACUUCAUACGCAACCUUGGCGGUACACUGGGUCUCGCGAUUUCCGGCACGGUCAUCAACAACGCGAUUCGAUCGUCGCUAGUUCCAUACGGACUCUCGAGGCCAGAAAUCCAAUUAUUGCUUGACUCACCGGACAUGUUUCGCGAGUCGGUCGGCCAGGAGCGUACUGAUCUGAUCCGGAUUGCACUUGCAUCAGCCUAUCAGCGAGGUUUUCGAGUAGUGUUCAUCGUCGGCGCAGUACUGAAUGCACUUGCGUUCAUUGCUGCUUGGUUUCUCAUGCCUCAGGUGGGGUUGAAUAGGAAUGACGAUGCUCAAUUGAAGGAAGAAGGCAAGAUGAGGCAAGAAGUAAAGCGAGGCGCAACGGCUUCUGCAUGA